AUGUCAUUUUCACCGAUAUUACAUCAAGUGUGUACGAGUGAUUUCAUCAAAGAUUCCUGGAUAGCACUACUUACAGCUAUUACCUAUCAACAGACACCUGUUGACUGGAAUGCUAAUGUUGUCUCACAAUUUCAACUAUUGUCAGCUUUAUGUGAACUAGCUAAUGUGACGAUCGAUGAUGCUGUCCGUCGCUUUCUUGAACGAUCCUUCGUCAGUUCACAAGUGGUCACAAAGAUCAGCUUUGAUGAUCAAUUAUCCGCAGCUAUUAAUCAAUUUACUCAAUCAACCAUCAUGUAUUUUGGUCUUCUCGUUGAUAUAAUACAUCUUUUUACACAAGUCGAUCAACCUUACACCGGAGUUAGCUUCCCAGGCUUGAUUCCGAAUUUCAACGCAAAACUAAUUAUGAAUAAUUUGGCAAAUGAGAGCAUCAAUCAACAAUCACCAUCGGUAUGUCUUUAUGUGCAAGAUAUACGAAAUUCUUUUUCCAAAAUAUUGAUGAAAUCAUAG